AUGACGAUAGAGGUGUUGGUGAUGGUGUGGACAGGGGUAAUAAUAAUGAGGGAAGUGUCGGAUAUACAGGGUUUAUAUAGUCUACCUAGAGCUAUCAGACUCAUGGAUCAUAUGGUGCUUCUAUCAGCCGAAGUUUGUCGACCGUCGGUCAGUAGAGAAGAAGAACCGACGAUUGUGACACUGAGGUUUGUCGACUGUCGAUAUGCCCAUGAAAGGCAUAAACAUGCUGUAAGCUUGAGCUGCCUGGAGAAUAUUAGCUUUGUGAUCUUCCUGGGUGAUGCUUCCCUCAGGGCUGGUGUGAAAGGGUGCGGGCCCGUUCAAAUCCUCAGUUGA